CUCUCUUAAAAAGCCCAAACGGUUUACAUGGUUUUUUCAAGCAAAAAGCAGGGGCUCUGCCAUUCAUUAGAGUUCAACAGAGAGAAGUUGCACAAAAUAACUAAGCAAGUCCAGUAUGGAAACAGAACACAAAAACACUUGCUUACUCCAUGAUGAAGAAGAAAGAGAUGCAGUUUUGGCCAAGAUAGAAGUUUCACAGGUUCACCUGGAACUGUUAAAGCGCACAAACGUUCUCAAUGAUGCAUUCUAUAUUUCACAUGAUGGAGUGAUCGGAACAAUAAACAACUUUCGUCUCGGUCGUCUCCCUAAUGUACAGGUUGAGUGGGAUGAAAUAAAUGCUGCUUGGGGUCAGGCUGCUCUUCUGUUGCAUACCAUGGCUCAGUACUUCCCAAAAUUUAAGUACCGGAUCAAGAUUCACCCCAUGGGAAGCUAUCCAAGAGUAACAGACAUCAACAAUAAUUCUAUUGCAAUUAUAUUAUUCGAGCUUUGA